ACUCCAGUGGAAUAUUAUGGGGCUUUGAAGACCUGCUUGAUAUAAAGAUGGAGAACAGCGGGAGCAGAAGCUACGGACCGGCCAAUCUAACCAUCUACAGAGUCAAACUCAACACCUCCAACUCGAGCUCGGAGUUCACCGGCGUCCAGCUCAUCCAGUCCUACAAGCCGAUCAUCAUCCCAUGCUACGCUCUGGUGGUGCUGAUCGGCAUAUUCGGGAACUACCUCCUCCUCUAUGUGAUCUGGAGGACCAAAAAGAUGCACAACGUCACCAACUUCUUUAUUGGAAACCUGGCUUUUUCCGACAUGCUGAUGUGUGCCACCUGCGUGCCCUUCACCCUCGCCUACGCCUUCAACUCCCAGGGCUGGGUGUUUGGAAAGUUUAUGUGUUACUUUGUGUUCCUGAUACAGCCGGUAACCGUAUACGUCUCUGUCUUCACCUUGACGGCCAUAGCGGUGGACAGGUACUAUGCAACAGUCCACCCAUUAAAGAGGAGGAUAUCUGUGACGAACUGCAUCUAUGUGCUGGGGGGGAUCUGGCUCCUGUCCUUUGCCUUAGUUGGACCAGCCAUCGCUCAUACUUACCACAUAGAGUUCCAGCAGCAAGGCUUCGCCAUUUGUGAAGAAUUUUGGUUUGACAAAGAGACAGAGAGGCUGGCCUAUGCCUACAGCACCUUGAUCAUCACUUACAUCCUGCCCUUGUCCGCGGUAUCCCUAUCCUAUAUUUGUAUCUCCGUAAAGCUGAAGAACAGAGUGGUCCCUGGCCACCCUACUCAGAGCCAGGCAGAGUUUGAUAGACUGCGGAAGAGGAAGAUCUUCAGGCUCAUCGUGCUGGUGGUGACGGCCUUUGGGAUCUGUUGGCUUCCCAUUCACGUCUUCAACAUCAUCCGGGAAAUUGACAUCAACCUCAUCAACAAACAUUAUUUCCUGCUCAUUCAGCUCCUCUGUCACUGGUUCGCCAUGAGUUCCUCUUGCUGCAAUCCCUUCUUGUAUGCCUGGCUUCAUGACCGCUUCCGCAGUGAGCUCAAGAAGAUGUUCACCUUUAAGCGUAAAAUAAUUCCCACCAACAACUGUGUGGCGGUCAGUGUGAUGCUCUGAGGUCCUAAUCACACGAUAUCCCGAAACUCGAAAGCCUUUCAUUUCCAUCACUUGACACAGAGGGGAAAAUCUUUGACUCUUCAGCCAUGCUGUGACCCAGUGGCGUAGCGUGGGGUGUCUGCGCCUGGGGCGAGGCAAG